CUGAGGGAAGGGGGACGUGUGAGCCUGUUGCGCUCCCUCCUUGCCUCCGCCUGGACGCCGGGCGGGCGGCCUGCGGGUGAGAAGGGGCCCCAUGACGAGCUAAGUCGGCCAGUGUGGCGGGAGCGGAGGAAGCGCCAAGCCCUCUCAUUGAGGCCCCUCCGCUCUCUGGGACCUCGGGUGACCGGAAGCUUGUGGGAAAGGUGGCUUCUUUCAUUAUGUGUGCGUCAGUCAAAUAUAGCACCCGGGGUCCAGCCCUCAUCCCAAGAAUGAAGACCAAACACCGCAUCUACUACAUUGCGCUCUUCUCCAUUGUCCUGCUGGGUCUCAUUGCUACAGGCAUGUUCCAGUUCUGGCCGCACUCCAUAGAAUCUUCAAAUGACUGGACAGUUGAAAAGCACAGCAUUCAUGAUGUGCCUGUGAUUAAGAUUCCUACAGAAAGUGCCAUCCCAGAGCGAGGAGACCUCAGCUGCAGGAUGCACACAUGCUUUGAUGUCUACCGCUGUGGCUUCAAUCCUAAAAAUAAGAUCAAGGUCUAUAUUUACUCCCUUAAGAAAUAUGUGGAUGACUAUGGUAUGCCAGUCAGCCAUACCAUUACCAGGGAAUACAACGAACUUUUAACUGCUAUCUCUGACAGUGACUUCUACACAGAUGACAUCAACCGUGCCUGUCUUUUUGUGCCAUCUAUUGAUGUGCUGAACCAGAACACACUUCGCAUCAAGGAAACAGCUCAGGCUUUGGCACAGUUAUCCCGGGUACUGAUUUGGGAUCGAGGAACAAACCAUCUCUUGUUCAACAUGUUGCCCGGAGGACCACCUGACUAUAAUACAGCACUAGAUGUUCCAAGGGACAGAGCUCUGUUGGCUGGUGGAGGGUUUUCUACAUGGACUUAUCGGCAAGGAUAUGAUGUCAGCAUUCCUGUUUACAGUCCGUUGUCUGCAGAGGUGCAGUUGCCAAAUAAAGGCCUAGGUCCUCGCAGGUACUUCCUCCUGUCCUCUCAAAUGGCUCUUCAUCCUGAAUACCGUUCUGAGUUGGAGGCUCUUCAAGCUGAAAAUGUGGAAUCUGUAUUAAUCCUGGACAAGUGUACCAACCUUUCAGAAGGAAUCCCUUUUAUUCGUAAGCGUUGCCACAAGAAUCAGGUUUUUGAUUAUCCUCAGGUGCUUCAGGAAUCUACAUUUUGUGUGGUUCUGCGGGGUGCCCGCUUGGGACAAGCUGUGCUGACUGAUGUACUUCAGGCUGGGUGCAUCCCUGUUGUUAUAGCUGACUCUUAUAUUCUUCCUUUCUCUGAAGUUCUGGACUGGAAAAGAGCUUCUGUGGUGAUACCUGAAGAAAAGAUGUCUGAUAUGUACAACAUCCUGCAAAGCAUACCCCAGCGACAGAUUGAAGAGAUGCAGAGACAGGCAAGAUGGUUCUGGGAAGCUUAUUUUCAGUCAAUGAAAGCGAUUGCUCUGGCAACCAUUAAGAUUAUCAAUGACCGGAUCUACCCAUAUGCUGCUACAUCAUAUGAGGAAUGGAAUGAUCCUCCAGCAAUUAAGUGGAGCAGUGUAAGCAAUCCACUCUUUCUUCCUCUGAUUCCACCUCAGUCACAAGGCUUCACUGCUAUUGUUCUGACCUACGAUCGGGUUGAGAGCCUAUUCAGAGUAAUCACUGAAGUGUCAAAGGUGCCUAGUCUUUCCAAGCUGUUAGUGGUUUGGAACAACCAGAACAAAAUUCCCCCAGAAGAAUCUGUUUGGCCCAAAGUUCGAGUUCCAUUGAAGGUUUUACGGACCACAGAAAACAAACUCAGUAACCGCUUCUUUCCCUAUGAUGAGAUUGAAACAGAAGCAGUGUUGGCCAUUGAUGAUGACAUAAUCAUGUUGACCUCUGAUGAACUGCAGUUUGGUUAUGAGGUGUGGAGAGAAUUCCCUGACAGACUAGUUGGGUACCCUGGUCGCCUACAUUUGUGGGACCAUGAGACAAAUAAAUGGAAAUACGAGUCAGAGUGGACCAAUGAAGUCUCAAUGGUGCUUACAGGAGCAGCUUUUUACCACAAGUAUUUUAAUUACUUGUACACAUAUAAAAUGCCUGGAGACAUCAAAAAUUGGGUGGAUGCUCAUAUGAAUUGUGAAGACAUUGCCAUGAAUUUUCUAGUAGCUAAUGUUACUGGAAAAGCUGUCAUUAAGGUGACCCCUAGAAAAAAAUUCAAAUGUCCAGAAUGCACAGCCAUAGAUGGAUUGUCGCUAGACCAGACACAUAUGGUGGAAAGGUCUGAAUGCAUUAACAAGUUUGCUUCUGUCUUUGGGACCAUGCCUCUGAAAGUAGUGGAGCACCGGGCAGAUCCAGUCUUGUACAAAGAUGACUUUCCAGAAAAACUGAAGAGUUUCCCCAACAUUGGAAGCUUGUAAAAAUGUGCAAAAAGACAAAUUGGAUGCUGAAAUCCAGUACAGUGAACAGUACUACGAAAAUCAUAUGGCCCUGAACAAACAUCCAGCAAAAUAGUAUGGAAGGAGGAUAUGGAGAUGAAUGCCCCAUUUAGGCAUUAUUCAAGCUGCUUCAACAGGGCUCAACACUUUUUUUUUAAAGCAGAGCAAAGCAGCUGUUUCUGUGCUGUAUUAAAAUAUAUUUCUGCCUCACUCUCCAUGGGUCUACCAAAAUACCAAGAAAUAUUUAUUUAUUCCACAGAGAUUACACAUGGACACACACACAGAGCCUUUGGUCAUACAUGACAGAAAAUCAGUGGCUACUGAACACCAGUUACUGUGGAACUCAUCACUAAUCUCUUAUGAAAGCAACUGUCUUACUUUGUUGCCUGGCCCCAGCCUGCCCUUAAUCUAUAUGAUUGUCUUAUUUGUAGCCUGUGAGGUUGACCUGUAGCAUUGACUCUUUCACUAGUAUGCCAGUCUUCUUGUCCAUCAGAAAAGUGGCAUGAAAAUAAGUUAAUGGUCUGCUUUACAGUGGGAGUAGAAACAAAUAGCAGCCAGCAAUUUACUUCAUUUGGAUAUAUUUGUUAGGUGAGUGUACAAUUCUCAUGUUUUCCAUUGUAUUUAUAAAAGAGAGUUUAGUCUUAUAAAAGACUGUACAGUUGACCAGUUACAGACACACACACAUCAAAGUGUAUGCAAUGAACAUUUCCAUUUUUGGUUGCUUAGGUGUGUCAGUUGUAUUUUUCCAUCAAGCUUGGAGUAGUUUUCAGUUCAGUGUCAUCUCCCAGGCAAGUGAAUGUAUGGGUGGACCUGUUUCCUUGUCCCCUGGGUUCUUCCCCACUGUUGGAUCAAGUCCCUGCUUUCCUUCAGUCUUUCUAGUAUCAUCAUCUCUAUCUCCUCUGUCAACUGGUCAAGGUUAACUUUCUGACAUGCUAUCCUAAAGUGGCAUGGUUUCUAAUGCUGUUGGUAGCACAGUUUAGUGCUAAGUUAGUAGAAUGACAUGCAUUGGCACAAAAAGGAGUAGCAGGUUGUACUGGAUUUUAUAAAACAAGUCUCUCUUAGUCCAUCAUUGUGGACUCUACCACUUAAGUUUACCCCGCUAAUACUUCAGUCUGCCAUUUGGCUUAGCAGGGGUCAGCAUGGAAACUGGUACAGUCCUGUAUAGCUUGGAGAUUUUAGAUGUACUGAAUUGUGCUGAAGAAGCUUUGGUGGUUAUUUUCAAGAUAGAAAUUAUACCAGUAGAGUGUUAUCCAAACCCUUGGCUUGCAUUUGACUUUGCCACAGAGGUGUAUACUUUCCCAAAGACAAAGAAAGCAUAAGUAAUUUUGUAUGUGUGGUGCAGGUAAACAGCUGCUAGCUUCUGAAUUUGAGGAAUAAUUACCAAAUAUGUAGCAAAGAAAAGUUCACCUGCUGUGUUCACAGACACUGGAGAGAGAACUGGAAUGCUGAUUGGCAAAUAGAAUCUGAUGGUCUGGUGCCAUUUUGCCCAUGACACUUUUUGGGGUGCAUGUCCAUGAUGUUUUAAAUGUACAUCAAAGCACAUCAGGUGUGAAUACAGUAAGGAGUUGUGAUUGACUGGUCUCCUUUAUAUAAACGUAGUAGCAAACACUAGUAUUCCUUCGCAUUGUGAAAACAGGAGUUUUGAGAAGCAGUCUGAAAUACGUAUCUGUAUCCUCUUUGAAAACUUUCAACUAUGAAAAGGAGCCUUCACUGAGGUCACAGAGUGUUUGCUAACUAAAUGCCUCAGGAAUCAAACAGGAAAAAGUAUCACAGGAAUUGUCCUAAAUCAUUUCAGCUAUGUUUGUACCAUGCUUGUUUUUUAUACUCUUUCAGUGGUCUGUAAUGUAGACAUUGUCCAGGGAGCACAUUUCCCAAUGUGUGUAUAAUGCAUAGAGCUGGAUCCUGCCAGCUUUCUCACUCGAUCUCACUCAGUACCCCUCCUCAUUGUGAAGCCCUCAUGCUGCAUGACAUUUGUCUAUGAGGAUUUUGUGAUCUCCCACCCAGGCUUUUUAGUUGUCAAAAGAUACUCCUCCUUCCUCUUUUACCAGAUGAAGAGCUGGUAGGAUUCAACCCAGUUUAUUUUUUAAAUGUAAAAAUUAA